GGCUUGAUUGUGCAAGUCUCGAGCUAGAAAUGCUGACGCGAUUGCAAUUGCAAUGGGUGCUUGCUGCACAUUGGAAAGUGGUAAGGCCGGCGUUUCCAAGCAACCUCGCCCAACGACACCCAAAUCUGCACGAAGAAAGAGUGAUGUGCAGGUAGCGAGUACCACGCUUCAUGAUGCAGCAUGGGAGGGCAACAUCAACAUGGUGAGGAUUUUCUUGAGUAAAGGUCACAGUCCAGAUCUGCCAGAUGAAGAAGGGUCAACUCCCUUGCACUUGGCUUCGGAGGAGGGGCACAUGCAAGUGGUGAAAUGCCUUCUGGAAGGGAAGGCAACCUGCGCUGAUGCAGCUGACAGUGAUGGGAAACCCCCCUGCUGCUGGCUGCGAAGGAAGGGCGGGAUGAGGUCGUGGAAUACUUCUUGACACAAGCCACUCUGCAACGGAGCUGCAUGGUGGAAAGGGGCCGGCUAUAUGCCGUAUAUGUAAUGUCCCUUGCAAGAUCUUACAAUAUGCAUUGUGCAGUACUACAUGACGUGGAAUCGCUGGUGCAGCGGGGGCAGGGUGGCAGCGGCUAUACAACUUGCAUAAGGAAUCAUAGGGUCCCUUUCUGUGUACCUGGUCCGGUGCCCAGCUUGUUGAUCGUUCAUCACACUCUGCAGCCCUGAAGUUGGUUGCACGAAACAUGUCAAGCUCUCCCUGGCACGCCUUGGCCUCAAACUAGUUCAUGAGCCCCAGGGCUCCACUUGUCCCACUUGCCGCGC